AGAAAGAAUGAGAAAAUCUUCAAAGUGACUUAUACUCAAAAUAGUAAGAAUACCUGAUACACAUCUUUGACAAUGAUUGAACACACUAUUCAAACCAACUAAUCUGAGAGCAAGUAUACUGAGUAGACAAAGUAACACAAUUGACUUUGUUGAAUUUACGAACAGUUCAUAAUGGUUAUCUACAUUUCAAAAAUAUGACUGUUACUGACCAUCUUUUCGAAUGGAUAGAAUGACAGAAAAACAUCAAAUGUAAGUGAACGAGUGACUUGGUGCAACAUUUUAGUUUGGUAAAAUAAUAACAUAACAAAUACAAUAUUUAGCCUACAAAGAUAUAUUCAAAUAUUGCCAAUUUCAGUAAACAAACCAAAACGUAAUUGAAAAUGGAUAUCUGAAACCAUGUCAGCUUUACAAAACACAUCCAGUAACGUUCUCAAGCUGUCUGACUUGCCAGUCGAUACCUGUCAAACCCACUGUCCUUCAUAAACCACAACCUUUACUGAACCAUUCAUUUCCCUAGAAGUACUUAGUAACUUAUUGAUGUAUCUUGUUACAUAGUUGUUGCAAGCCCUGUACCCACCCACUGAACAAAACAAUUAGACAUACCUUCAUUCCAAGGAAUAAAGGUGACGCAGUCAAUCAUUCUUAAUCCAACUGUAUAAAAAGCUCGAGGACACGAAGGGGGUUAUUUUACCUGACGCCUCCAACUCGGAAGAACGCACUUUAACCUCCCAGGACCCAUCGCCAAACCAUCUCUCGCCAUGUCCAUUGUAGCCAGUCGCAGUAGUAGCCGUAGAUACAGCUCACGUAGCGGUGUCGGUUCGAGUGGCCUCAGUUUGUCCGGUGGGAUGCAGUUUUCCAGCGGUUUGGGAGGCGGUAUGUCCCGUAUGAGCGUGUCCUCUGUUGGGAGCAGUCGCGCGCCGAGUGUAUAUGGAGGUGCCGGGGGAUACGGCACCCGUAUCUCUCAAUCCACUUUCCCUAUGGACGGGCCAGGCCAGAUCACUAUCGGUGCCAACGAGAAGCAUACCAUGCAAAAUCUGAACGAUCGUUUGGCCACCUACCUGGAAAAGGUGCGCUCUCUAGAGGCAGCCAAUAGCAAGUUGGAGUUGCAGAUCAAAGAGUUCUACGAGAUGAGAUCACCGACUCACAAGAAGGACGCCAGUGGGUUCUAUGGCACCAUCACAGACAUCUGCAACAAGAUCCAAGCCAGGUCUGUGGAGAACUCUCAGAUGAUCCUGCGGGUGGAUAAUGCCAGACUUGCAGCUGAUGACUUCAAGAUGAAGUUAGAGACGGAGGCUAACAUGCGUAUGAAGAUGGAAGGGAAUGUGGCUCGUGAGAGAGGAGUCCUAGACAGCUUUACACUCACCAGAGCAGAACUGGAGAUACAGAUUGAGGGGCUGAAGGAGGAGCUGGUCUACCUCAGGAAGAACCACGAGGAGGAGAUGCAUUUGAUGCGGACGCUGCAUUGUGGUGCUGUGAAUGUGGAGAUGGACUGUGCUUCCUCAGUGGACAUGAGCAAGGUGCUGGAGGAGAUGAGGACCCAGUAUGAGGGCAUGAUAACGAAGAACCAGAGAGAUGCUGCCAAGUGGUUUGAGAGCAAGGUGGAGGUGCUUCAGAACCAGAUCACCACCAGCACCACAGAGAUGAAGACCUCUCAGUCUCAGGUGACCGACCUGAAGAGGACCUUCCAGAGCCUGGAGAUUGAACUGCAUGGCCUGCUCACUCAGAAGGGGUACCUGGAGCAGAGCGUCGUUGAUAUAAACGGCCGCCACGGCUCCCAGCUGAGCCAGCUGCAGGUUUGUAUCAACAGCAUGGAGGAGGAGCUGCAGCAGCUCAACGUCAGCAUCCAGCAGCAGGCCUCUGAGUACCAGAUCCUCCUGGACAUCAAGAUGAGGCUGGAGAUGGAGAUCGCUGAGUACAGGAGGCUGCUGGAUGGAGAGGGACUCAGUAGGAAUGUGGAGACCAGACAGGAGAUCAGUAAGGUGAUCGUGGUCGAGAAGGUCCAGGAAGUACAACAAAUCCAGGAAGUGGUGGAAGAGUAUAAUCCACACAUGCAGAAGCGGGUGAGGGUGAUCGUGGAGGAGAUGGUGGAUGGGAAGGUGGUGUCCACCUCAGUAGAUGAGAAGGUCCAGGAUAUGACCUAACUGAGAAGGCCAGAUAGUUCCGGAAUCUGGUGAAGCGUUAACGGACCACCCAUACCCCUGGACCACCCAUACCCCUGGACCACCCAUACAACUGAUGACGGGUGAUCAAGCCCUGUCUAUAUAUAUAUAUAUAUAUAUAAAUAAUGUUGUGGUCGCAUACUGUAAAAUGUCCCUUUUGACAGGAUUGCAUCAGCUGAAUGAUAACUGAUGUAAUUUACUCAUGUUACCUUAUAACUCUUAUAUGGCUCUAUCAUGUGGACAAUUGAAUAUUAUUUCUAAGGUGUUUUUCCUGUGGUUCCAUUUGUUGCCGACAAUUGUUCCCACCAGGUGACAUCUCUCAUUUAAACAUCUUUGGCCAGUGCAUACGUGAAAAUGAUUUCAUUUGAAUAAAGUGUAAACAGAUUAUUACAGUUACAUAAGUGGCAACAGGGAAACUAUGACAACAUUGCCAUUACUGUUGAAAGUUUCCCUUUUUCUCUCUAUUUUUACCCCACAUAGUUUUUUUGCAUCGAUAACGACAAAAAGCAAAGUCUCACAUUUUAAGCAACAUUUGGUAAAAAAUAAUUUAUACACUCCAUUGUAUACUCCCAUGGCCACAAGCCAUGUAUGUUCUCUGUACUCUAUGACAGGUUUAAAGUUCAUGUUCUGUAGACCUCUGCCCACAAAUUUUCUAUGGGAUUGAGGUCAGGGCUUUGUGAUGGCCACUCCAAUACCUU